AUGCAAAAGGUCAGCAGUCGCAGCAGCAUAUGCUGGUUCGUCGUCGGCCUCAGCCUGCUGGUGGUGCUGACGGUCCAGCUGAUCGGCUUUACCCACGCCGAAGCGACCACCGCCCGGACGCAGGUUUCGGACGAAGCGCUCGACAAAGCCCUCAGCGACAAGCGGUACCUGAUGCGCCAGCUCAAGUGUGCGCUCGGUGAGGUACCGUGCGAUCCGGUGGGAAAGCGCCUCAAGAGUUUAGCACCGUUCGUCCUGCGCGGAGCCUGCCCACAGUGUACGCCGCCCGAGAUGAACCAGAUCAAAAAAACGUUAGCCCAUUUGCAGCGAAAUUUCCCAUCGGAAUGGAACAAGCUCGUACAGACGUACGCCGGCUGA